AUGGAGGAUGAUGAGGAUAUUAUAUUCUCCGAUUCCCAAAACUUCAACCCUUCCCAAAACUUCAACCCUUCCCAAAAUGUUAACCCUUCUCAAGAUUAUUUCCCUAGCUUUGAUGAUUUUCCGAAUUCUGAGCAAUUUCAAAGUUCAUUUCAAAAUCAACAUUCAAGCCAAGCCAUAUCACAAACCAAGAAUGCUGUAAACACCCCACAUGGUUGGAGUGAGCAAGAAGACAUGGCAUUAAUGUCUGCUUGGUGUUUCGUGAGCACGAAUGCAGUUGUUGGCACCAACCAAACUAGUAACCAUCUAUGGCAAAAUGUUCUGUUUCUAUAUGAGCAGACAAGAAAAGAAAAUCCAAGCAUUGGUGAAGAAAGAAGUUUGGAGUCAUUGAAACAGCGCUACAAACGACUCAACGCAAAUGUCUCAAAAUGGGUUGGGGCAUACAAAAAAGCGCAUGAUCGAGCUACGAGUGGCCAGUCUAAAGAGGACAUUGAGAAAGCCGCUCAACAACUGUAUGGUAAGAGCAAAUUUUCUCACCAUAAGGUGUUUGAGGAGGUGAUGAGACUCAAUCCCAAGUGGGAAUUGAAAUUGAAUAGCACUGGUUCAACGCGUUUCCAGCCAGAUGAAGAUAGUCUUGAAGAAAGUCGUGGGAGCUCAAAAAGGUCGAGGACUAGUGAGGAAGGAGGACCUCAAAUCGACUCCACUCCUGAGAGUCGUUCUUCAACAUUGCAACGUCCUAUUGGAAGAGAUCAAGCUAAGGCUAAGACUAAAAGAAAAGGCAAAGAAGUUGCAACACCAUCAUAUACAAUUCCUAAUGAUUUCACUGCAGCACUGCGUGAAAUGAGAGUCACGCGUGAAAGGGAAUGUGAUAUUCAGGAACGGAAGCUCAAAGAAGCUAGUGAUAUUCAGGAACGGAACAUCAAGGCAGCUAUCCUUACUCCGCUGAUGGCUAGGAGGGACUUAACUCCAGAAGAAGAAGAUCUGAAACGCAAUCUCAUUGCAGAAUUGUUUGGGAAGUGA